AUGGGCAAAUCGAAGAACGAUCGGAAGCGUCCCCACGCCGAAGCUGAUGAUCUCGAUCCUGCUUCUUUCGAAGACCGCGACAAUGGCGCCGUGCAGUCAACCAAGAGAGCGCGAGUCGAGGAGCGACGCUCGCUCUUUGUUCGCUCGCUGCCUCCCAGUGCCACCAACGAGACCUUGACCGACUUCUUCUCCCAACAUUACCCGGUCAAGCAUGCCACUGUGGUUGUCGACCAAAAGACGAAGGAGUCUCGAGGCUACGGUUUCGUUACUUUCGCCGACGCCGACGAUGCUACCGAGGCCAAGAAGGCACUCCACAACCAGGAGUGGGACGGUCGAAGACUCCGAAUCGAGAUUGCUGAGCCGCGACACCGAAAUUCGGCAACCGGCGAGGUUUCUGCAAACAAGGCCCGCAAGGAGGAGCUCCAGAAGCCCCCUAAGCUGAUUAUUCGCAACCUGCCCUGGAGCAUCAAGACUUCGGAACAGCUUAGCAACCUCUUCCGAAGUUUCGGCAAGAUCAAGUUUGCCGAUCUUCCACAAUCCCAGGGCAAGCUCAAGGGUUUCGGAUUCAUCACCAUCAGGGGAAAGAAGAAUGCCGAAAAGGCUCUAGAGGCUAUCAAUGGCAAGGAAAUUGACGGAAGAACCCUUGCUGUCGAUUGGGCUGUUGACAAGGAAACCUGGGCGAAACAACAACCAGCAGAGGAGGAGAGUGACGACAAGGAGGACGAGGAGGAGAAGGAUGAAGAGGAUGACGAAGCUGAGAGCGCUGAUGAGGACGAUGAUGGAGGUGCCAAGACCGAAAACCGAGAUGAUCAAUUGAACGCCGACUUGGAAAACUUCUUCAAGAACCAUAUGGAGAAUCUCGAGGAGGAAGAUUCGGAAGAAGACGAAGACGAGGAUGAGGAGGACGAUUUGGAGGAAGACGAUAUCGAGAAGGCCCCCAAGAGAACAACGGACAACACCUCGACCCUCUUUAUCCGCAACCUACCAUUCACAACCACCGACGAGCAACUCAAGGGUUUCUUCGGUCACUUUGGCAAGGUCCGGUAUGCUCGUGUCGUCAUGGACAAGGUCACCGAGAAGCCCGCCGGAACUGGCUUUGUGUGCUUCUUUGAUGUCGAGGACGCAAAGAACUGCAUCAAGGGGGCCCCCCGUCCUACUCAAGCCGUCACGGCGAACAAGAACUCGAUCCUCCAGGACGAGAGCGCCGAUCCUGAUGGCAAGUACACCCUCGACGGCCGUCUUCUCCAGGUCGCGCAGGCCGUCAACAAGGAGGAGGCUAGCACCCUCGCCGACAGUGCUCUCGCCAAGCGUAACCAGAAGGACAAGCGCCGACUCUUCCUCCUCACCGAGGGCAACAUCGACAGGAACUCGUCCAUCUUCAACCUCCUCACAGAACCCGAGAUCCGGAUGCGUCAGGCCAGCGCCGCCCAGCGUAAAAAGCUUGUCCAGGGCAACCCUAGUCUACACAUCAGUCUGACACGUCUGGCCCUGCGCAACAUUCCACGCAACAUUGGCUCCAAGGAGCUCAAGGAGCUUGCGCGAAAGGCCGUCGUCGAGUUCGCCAAGGACGUCAAGGCCGGUCGCCGACAGCCCCUGUCCAAGGAGGAGAAUGCCCGUGACGGCAAGGAUGCCAAGGAGAAGGAGCAGCAGCGCAAGGCCAAGGGCAAGGGUAUCGUCCGUCAGGCAAAGAUUGUCUUUGAGAGCGCUCAGGGACAGAAGCUACAAGAGAAGGAGGGUGGCAAGAGCCGCGGUUACGGCUUCAUCGAAUACCACUCGCACCAUUGGGCGCUGAUGGGACUCCGAUACCUUAACGGUCUCCAGCUUGAGAACGAUGCCGGCAAGAAGCAGAGGCUCGUCGUGGAAUUCGCCAUUGAGAACGCUCAGGUCGUGCAGCGACGACGAGCCAACGAGGAGAAGUCUAGGCAGAUGCAACCAGACCAAUCCAAGCCUAAGACCGAGUUUGCGCCUAAAGAGAAUUCACGAUUCUCCAAGGACAAGGGCAAGCCACGUGGACGAAAGGGCGGCAAGCCUGCCGAGGCCGAUGCGGCGGAGGAGGACACCGGCAAGCCUAAUGGCAAGGAGGAUAUGAAGCAAAAGUUGAUUGCGCGGAAGAGGCUCAUGCGGAAGAAGAAGGCCCAGAUCCGAGGCAAGAAAUAA